UAGUUUCAAUGGUAGCAGUUGGUAUGCUUUUUGGAGGGUUUCAAAAGAAGCUCAACAACAUUGCUAAUUUGUCAAAAACUACCCCACUCCUUUGGAGCAGUUGAAACUUGGACUAGGAAUCAUUUUUUUGCCUCUACAACUACUUUCUCACUACCACAUUGUUAGUUACGCAACAAGUCUGUGUUCCCUGCUACCUCUCCCUUCUAGCUCCAGAAUUAGUCUCGUAUCUAAUUAUACUACUGUGACACAGUGCUAAAAGCCUGAAACUUGUUGCUUUGAAAUUUUUUAAAAAGGUUCUGUGCAACAAGCAUCUUACAUGUUGGGUCUGAUAGGCAGGAAGUUGCGGCAGCUCUGUGCAAGGAUACGGUUGCUGAUAUGGAGGCGUCCAAGGCCAAAAGUUAUUAUCAAAAGGUUUGGAAAAAUAAGAUCCAAAGAUCGAUGUAAAUGGCGCCCAGGCUUUCGUAAAUCUUCAAUUCAUCUAAAUGGCAAGCAUGGUAAUUCUAGUUCUGAUAGACCAAUUCGAAUUGCCACAUUCAAUGUUGCCAUGUUCUCUCUUGCACCUGCAGUUCCCAAGGCUGAGGAAUCAAUCAUGAUCAGUCAAGAACAUGACGGCUAUACGGCAUACAAGAGUCAGGUGGAAUUCGAUACUCAAGUAAACUCCGUAAGCUAUUAUCCCAAGAGCAUACUCAAGCAAUCUCCCUUGCAUGAUAGCCUGAAAAAUUCAGAGCAAUUCCCGGCAGAAAAGAAGGUUUCAAGAUCAAAACUAAAGGUUUCAAUUAAUCUUCCUGAUAAUGAGAUUUCAUUAGCAAAUAGUAAAUUGCUUGGCUUUGUGGACGAUGAAAGUGGGGGGUGUUCUAACAUUGUUACCAGCAGAAACUAUAGAAGCAAUGUUGUGAUGAGGUCUCCUGUGUGCUUGCCGGCUAAUAUGACUCAGUUCAUAAGUGAAGAAGGCUGGAAAAGCAGCAGAAGCAUUAUGGAAGUCUUAAAAGAAGUGGAUUCUGAUAUCUUGGCCCUGCAAGAUGUCAAGGCAGAUGAAGAGAAAGGCAUGAGUCCUCUAUCAGAUUUGGCCACUUCCUUGGGGAUGAAAUACGUGUUUGCAGAAAGCUGGGCACCGGGAUAUGGAAAUGCGAUCUUGUCAAAGUGGCCAAUCAAAAGGUGGAAAGUUCAGAAGAUUGCCAAUGAUGAAGAUUUCAGGAACGUGCUGAAGGCCACAAUUUAUGUGCCAUGGGCAGGAGAAGUAGACUUUUACUGCACCCAAUUAGACCACUUGGAUGAAAAUUGGAGAAUGAAACAGAUAGGAGCAAUGAUAAAAUCAAAUGACAUGACUCCUCACAUAUUGGCAGGAGGUAUCAAUUCUCUUGAUGGAUCAGAUUACUCAUCCGAGAGAUGGAUGGACAUUGUCAAGUACUACGAGGACAUAGGAAAGCCAACACCAAGAACCGAAGUGACAAGGUUUCUGAAGGGAAAAGGAUACGUAGAUGCAAAAGACUAUGCAGGGGAAUGCGAGCCAGUAGUCAUCGUUGCAAAAGGCCAAAAUGUACAAGGGACAUGCAAGUAUGGCACAAGAGUGGAUUACAUGCUGGCAUCACCCUACUCGCCAUACAAGUUUGUUCCAGGAUCAUACUCGGUGAUCUCAUCCAAAGGAACUUCCGAUCAUCACAUAGUUAAAGCUGAUAUCUUAAAAGCAGGAGAGGGUUAUCAAGCGACUGCAAUUGGAGAACCCCAGCAAGCAAAGCAGAAAGUUGUAAGAAUAACAAAUCCCUGGUGUUCUAGAGGUGUUUGGAAGUUGAACACCUGAAUAUCUUCAUGGAUAAGAUAAAUAUCUGAUAUUUUUGUAGUGAAUUAUCUAUGAUUUGAUUUUACUGAUGGAUUAUCGAAUUCAAAGUGCAUUAUUUGCACAAAUUUCUGACAGGACAAAUUGAAUAUGUUAUGUAUAGAUGGAUAUGUAAUGAAGAUAUUACUACGAAACAUUCUAUUUGUUUA